AUGUUGCCAUUUCAUGCUAUUCUACCUGCAUUGAAUGAGAUGGUUCCCAUUUCAAGUGCAUUUGUAGGUGAUGAGAUUGUGAAAUGCACGAGUGGACAUUUAUUCAAGACGACGUUUGGUGGAGCUCCUUUUGCUAUCUGCGCAGCAGGUCGGUCUGGAUUCAGGGCUUUUAGCAGUGACUUUAAGGUCACGGUCAAGUACCUCGAGGCCCCCGUUCAGGUUGAGGUUCCAGCAUUGAGCAAUGGAAUAUCGUGCAAGGUUAUAGCUACGGCCACGUCAAUGACAUUGACGGCGGUAGCGUUGUUAACUGGAAGUACAUACUUCCCGACAAGCACUACAAGGCAAUUGAAGACGGCAGAGAUUUUGAAAAUGGAACCAUCGUCGUGUAAGUGCAAGUCCAAACCGCGUCCGUGCGUCAUCUUUCAUGGCAUUGGCGGUACACAUGAACUGGAGGACCUUCAGGAUACGCCGAAAGACGUCACUAGAAUGGGAAACAUCAAUUACAAUGCUCCUUGUUGCAGUGAGGUGAAGUACGCCAUCUUGAACACUUUGAACUCCAGUUGGCUCGACAAAAGUCUUCAACACAAAUUUUGCGACCGGGCCCUGAGGGUGAGUGAGACGAGUGACAAGGAGGAACAUGUGGUUAAGGACACUGUUGUGGUGACGCAUUCAAUGGGUGGGCUUGUCCUGGCCUUGGCGAUAGCUACCGGCAAGUGUAGUCUUGGGGAAGGUACAUCAUGGGUAGCUAUAAGCACACCUAUGAUGGGGAGUAUGGUCUCGGACUUUGCUCACGACUACUGUGACAAGAAGGACCAUGCGUUUUCGCCAGGAAAGAUGCUGGAGUUUAUCGGCCAGUGUCCUCUGCCAGCUUCCCGACGGAAUAUCGUGUACCAGAAUGAAAGGCAUGCUUCUAAAACGAUCAACGAGGCUUACGUAAGAGCCCAGAAGGCAUACGCGAAAAAUGUGUUUGCGGCCAUGUGCAGUGACAACCCAAACGGCGUUAUGUCUCAGUACGAAGCGAUCAUGCUUUUCACAGCACGUGUGGUUCCGCACAAGUCGCCGCAAAAUGAUGCCCUCGUGGAGUUUCAGAGCUGCGCUAUAGGUCUUGACGAGUCCAAAUUUGGCAAGAACUACAGGAGCAAGUUCUACAGACCAUCAUUGAACCACGCAGACACAGCAUUUCUCACCCAUGACGCGUUCUGGGACGAUUCUCAAAAGCCGAGGAAGUGGUUUGAAUGUUUGCUAUGA